AUCUUUUUCUCAGACAUCGUGGGCUUCACAAGCAUCGCUGCCUCCUGCACCCCCCUGCAAGUUGUCGAGAUGCUCAACAAUCUCUACAUCUGCUUUGACAGCAGGAUUGAGUCUUAUGAUGUUUACAAGGUGGAAACCAUCGGUGACGCCUACAUGGUAGCGAGCGGGCUGCCGGAGAGGAACGGCACGAAACACGUGGACGAAAUUGCCAAAAUGUCUCUGGAUCUCGUGGCCGCCGUUCGUCAGGUCGUGAUCCCUCAUAUGCCGGCAGGCAGGCUGCAGCUGCGGGCUGGGAUACACACGGGACCCUGUGUAGCUGGAGUCGUGGGCUACAAAAUGCCUCGUUACUGCCUUUUUGGGGACACUGUAAACACGGCCUCCCGCAUGGAGUCCACCAGCUUGCCGCAGAAGAUCCACAUCAGCUCUGCUACGUACAGCGCCCUUCUCGCAGAUGAUGCGUAUGAGAUUGAACUGAGGGGAGAAAUUGAAAUCAAGGGCAAAGGGAAAAUGAAGACCUACUGGCUUCUCGGUAACAAGAACUACAGUGUCCAAAAUGACAGCCUGGUGUGUCACUGGAAUCCAGCAAUCUCCAGGAAAAGGAAGAUGGGAAGUAGCCAUGGAUCUGUCCAACAACUUAGUACAGGCACUGUGGGAGCAGUACUGACUGAGCAGGGCCCCGUAACACCCUGGGAUGAGCUGAACCCUGACAGUCACACUCAAGGAAGUUCUAGACCAGCCUGGACCCCUAAGAAUGCCAUCCAUGGGACGAGCCAGAUGCAGAAGAAUGGCUGUCAUCAAAGUUCCAGCCAGAGCCUACAAGGGGAUCUUGCUUCAUUGAGCUCUCCUGCACCAGGUGCUUAUGUAGAACGCAGGGCACAGCUUGGAGACCAUGGAACAAAAGUAACAGGACAAAAAGAGCUUCUCCCAGGCUCUGUAGAUGACAUGUGACAGGAUAAGAAAUCACUUAUGCUGGGGAACUGGACUGCCUCAAGCACACACGUUUAUUUCAGAUAGGUUUCUCUUUCUCCUCUUAGCCAUCAUUCCCAUCUUAAACUAGUCUGUUUACGUGAGAACUUAAGACACCAAUAGAAGUAUCAAAAGAUGUCUCUAGAAGAUAUUAGUAGGACAAGCUAUGUCUCUCAUCAAAUUAUAGUUUGCUUUCCUUUGAGCAAUUCCAGAGCAAGGGAAUCAUUCUGAAGCAAGAAUGUGAGGAAGAGAGAUCAGCCUGCCUCCUCUUCCAGUAGACAGGUUCAUAUCUUACUGUGUAAGAGAAAGAUAUUGGCAUUUUGGGGGAGGCAAGGCAGGGCUUGGUGGCUGCAGAAGGCCACAAAAAUAAAGGCAUACACUUAGGAGGAAGUCAAGCACGGGAAGCUGCAAUUGGUCUUUGUUUUUCCUAAAAUAAAAGUAUUUCUAUGGGCUUCAGAGGAAGCUGGUCUGCACAUCUCUUUCCUUCACAGGGUUAAUAAAAAGACAGAAAAAAAACAUGUCUAGGUUGAUGGCCAGUAUGGAAAAGACUGGAAUCCUUUCAUCUGGUUCCUGUCAGCACUCAGCAAGGGGGAUCAAGUGUGGAUAAAACAGUAAAGUGGGGACAGAGCUAAAUGCUGAAGAGCCUCGGCUUUCAAGUCAGUGAGGGAAAAUGCCUCAGGUGCACAUAUGCCCUCACAAGCAGGCAUGAAAGGAACCCCACAAGGAGAGGAGGAGAGGGACAGCUGGGUACCACAGCGCAGCUCAGAGCCAGGGGAGCCCCACGCUGGCUCCAAUUGUUAUGAAAAUCCUGGGUCAGGAUCAGAAGCAAAUCAUUUGCAUGGAAAAUUGAGCCUGUUCUGAUCUUCAUCUCUUCAGAGGCUUCUGCGUGGGUUUUUAAUUUAGAAAAUAGCAGAAAAUGACCCUAUGUUCUUGAUGAUAGACAGCAAUUAGUGUUAUUAACAAAACAUGCUUUGGUUCAACCCUGAACAAUCCCUCUCCAGAGAUGAACUGGAAAGUGAUGAGCUGCUUUACAUGCAUCUUGUUGAUGCUUUGAUACGGUGCAUUGGUUCCCAAAGACUUUUGGGUUGCCUAUGCCUGACACACAACAAGAUUUAGGUUGAGGCUGUACCAGGUUGGCUGGCCUAUCUCUGAGACUGCCUUUUGGUAAACUGGAUAUUUAUUAACCAAAAAGCCUGGGUCUGGAUAUGACUAACACAAGAUCUCUAGCUUCUUGUAUGAAGGGACAGUGGAUUUCAACAUAUUCAAGGGCACAGAGAUGUACCUUCAAUUAGACAGACUCUGUAGGGAUGAAAACAAUUGCCACCUUUGUGUUUGACACAUGAAGCUUUAACUUCUCACCAGUAUCACUCAAAGAUUACGCCUCGUUUCCAUAGAGAUCAGAUAAAUCAGCUCAGCCAACCUGCACGAGACAUACUGCUGGGUUGCAUGGGAUGCACGGUCUGGAUAAAAAGCUCUCCAGCAGAUCUAGAAACAAUAACCCGCUUCCCCCCUUCAGCCAGCCCAUUCACAUCAGAACUCACAAUGGCUGAGCAGGGAAGAGACAAGAAUUGGCAUUUUCCUACAUUGAACGCCAGGUGUCAUUGCAGGCCUGCCUGAUGUGGGCUGCAUUCCCAGUCCUUAAAGCAUCCUUUGGGGAUAUCAAGAAGCCAGACUUGCCAGCUCCCACAGGCUUAGUCACAAAUGAAGUUUCUGAAAGCAGUGAAAGAAGAAGUGAAUGCCCAUUGACUUGCCACAGCAUUUUCCUCUUCAGAUGGAAAAGGUCAGAGAAGCUAGACGGGCAAAACAGGCCUUUAAAGACAAGGCAUUAAAAG